AAGCCAAAAACAUUUAACAAGUGUGAAAGAUAAUAAACGAAUAAACCGAAAGUCAGCAAAAAUACAAAAGAAUAUUUCACCUGCCACUACCUCCAUGCAAUAGCUUUAGUAAAUCACAGCUUAUAUAAAGAGAAGUAUACUCACAACAAAAUGUAUUAUCCUCCUAAUCAAACCAAGAAUCAUAUUCCCGAAUCACUCUAUCACAAUCGUGUGUUUCCACUGUGAACUGAAAGAGCCAACACAAAGAGAAGAGCUUCUUCUGUAAGAAAAAGAUGCAGAAGGACAUGGGAACCGCACAAGAUCAACAUCUUCCUCCAGGAUAUCCAGUUGUAGAAGAAGUCUCUGAACAACCGGGACAAGACAUGAAGAAGAAGAAGCCCUUCAAGACAAAGCAGAAAGGAGACAGAGGCUUCAUUGAAGGAUGUCUCUUUGCACUCUGCUGCUGCUGGAUCUGUGAAAUGUGUUUCUAAGGCAAAGAAAGGAAAAAUUCAGUGUGUCGUCAAGCUUCCCUUGUGUAUCUAUUAGUGGCUUUUAAUAUACAUAUUACCGAGAGAGAUUGAAUGACUAUAUUGUAGCUCAAUCUAAAGUUUCUUUAUACUAUAUGUGUGGUGUUUGUAUGUACCAAACGAAGUUAUUAUAUACUUAAUAAUGUAAAGGUCAUCAUCAUAUUUCUGAGUUGGUAGAGGAUAAGUAAAGAAAAUUAAAC